CACCUUUCUCAGCUUCUCCCUCCCGCAGCUCCAGUGCCCGAGCUUCGGCUCUCCAGGUUCCGCAACCCCCUCCCGUCCCCACCAAGCCCCGCUAGAGCACAGUAGGGACCCUCCCGAUCCCCGACCCCACCCCAGACCCCCAGAAGCUGUCUUGCCUCUCCCUACUCCCCCAGCCUGGGAUCCAGCUAGCUCGAUGGACCCACGCGCCCGAGCGAGAGGGUAACCCAGGCGACCCAGCCCCUUUGGCCUUCCCGGUCCCACCCCCUGCAGCCGGAGCCGCGCCCCCUCUCCCACAGACCCGAUAACAGAGGACAGAGGAGAUUGGGCAAGGAGGGGUGGGAUCCAGGCGACCCCCAGCCCAAUUCUGCCCCUCCAUCCCAAGGGACAGAGAAAUUGUCUUCCUUGCUAACUGCUAGCAGGGGGGAAAAAAAAAGAAAGAAAAAGAAAAUUAAAGGGAAAGAUAAAAGGAGACGGAGGAAAGGUGACAGCUAGAUUAUUUAGGAGAGGCGCAGAGAAGAGAAAUCGGUGUGAGUCGCCAUGGGGACUCCCAGGGCCCAGCACCCGCCGCCUCCCCAGCUGCUGUUCCUAAUUCUGCUGAGCUGUCCCUGGAUUCAGGGUCUGCCCCUGAAGGAAGAAGAGGCACUACCAGAGCCUGGAAGUGAGGCCCCCACAGUAGCCUCUGAGGUUUUGGCCGAGCUGCUCCAUGGGGCCCUGCUGAGGAGGGGUCCAGAGAUGGGCUACCUGCCGGGAGCUGAUCCAGACCCCACACUAGCCACCCCUCCAGCCGGCCAGACUCUUGCAGCACCCUCCCUGCCACGCGCCACUGAGCCAGGGACUGGGCCUCUGACAACCGCGGUAACCCCUAGAGGCGGAAGGGGGGCAGGCCCCACCGCGCCCGAGCUGCUGACCCCGCCCCCGGGAACGACGGCCCCGCCCCUUCCCGGCCCCGCCUCCCCAGGCCCGCCCCUCGGGCCUGAGGGAGGAGAGGAGGAGACCACGACCACCAUCAUCACCACGACCACCGUCACCACCACGGUGACCAGCCCAGUUCUGUGUAAUAACAACAUCUCUGAGGGCGAAGGGCACGUGGAGUCUCCCGACCUGGGCAGUGCUGCCAGCCGCACUGCCGGGCUCUUGGACUGCACCUACAGCAUCCAUGUCUACCCUGGCUACGGCAUUGAGAUCCAGGUGCAGACGCUGAACCUAUCUCGGGAGGAGGAACUCCUGGUGCUGGCUGGUGGGGGGUCCCCAGGCCUGGCCCCCCGACUCCUGGCUAACUCCUCCAUGCUGGGAGAAGGACAGGUGCUUCGGAGUCCGACCAACCGGCUGCUCCUGCACUUCCAGAGCCCACGGGGCCCAAGGGGCGGUGGCUUCAGGAUCCACUAUCAGGCCUACCUCCUGAGCUGCGGCUUCCCUCCCCGGCCGGCCCACGGGGACGUGAGCGUGACAGACCUGCAUCCUGGGGGUACUGCCACCUUCCACUGUGAUUCAGGCUACCAGCUGCAGGGCGAGGAGACCCUUAUCUGCCUCAACGGCACCCGGCCAGCCUGGAGUGGCGAACCCCCCAGCUGCGUGGCAUCCUGUGGUGGCACCAUCCACAAUGCUACACUGGGUCGCAUCGUGUCCCCUGAGCCUGGAGGAGCAGCAGGGCCCAACCUCACCUGCCGGUGGGUCAUUGAAGCAGCUGAGGGACGCCGGCUUCACCUGCACUUCGAGAGGGUCUCACUGGAUGAGGACAAUGACCGGCUGAUGGUGCGCUCAGGGGGCAGCCCCCUCUCCCCAGUCAUCUAUGACUCGGAUAUGGACGACAUCCCCGAGCGGGGUCUCAUCAGUGACGCCCAGUCCCUUUAUGUGGAGCUGCUUUCAGAGACACCCGCCAACCCCCUGCUGCUAAGCCUCCGAUUUGAAGCCUUUGAAGAAGAUCGCUGCUUCGCUCCCUUCCUGGCACACGGCAAUGUCACCACCACAGACCCAGAGUACCGCCCAGGGGCACUGGCCACCUUCUCGUGCCUCCCAGGAUAUGCCCUGGAGCCCCCUGGCCCCCCAAAUGCCAUCGAAUGUGUGGAUCCCACAGAACCCCACUGGAAUGACACAGAGCCAGCCUGCAAGGCCAUGUGCGGAGGGGAGCUGUCAGAGGCGGCUGGUGUGGUCCUCUCUCCCGACUGGCCCCAGAGCUACAGCCCCGGCCAGGACUGCGUGUGGGGCCUGCACGUCCAGGAGGAGAAGCGCAUCUUGCUCCAAGUUGAAAUCCUGAAUGUGCGUGAAGGGGACAUGCUGACACUCUUCGAUGGGGACGGUCCCAGCGCCCGAGUCCUGGCCCAGCUGCGGGGACCUCAACCACGCCGCCGCCUCCUCUCCUCUGGGCCCGACCUCACGCUACAGUUCCAGGCACCGCCAGGGCCCCCAAACCCGGGCCUGGGACAGGGUUUCGUGUUGCAUUUCAAAGAGGUCCCGAGGAACGACACGUGCCCGGAGCUGCCCCCUCCAGAGUGGGGCUGGAGGACGGCUUCCCACGGGGACCUGAUCCGGGGCACGGUGCUUACCUACCAGUGUGAGCCUGGGUAUGAGCUGCUUGGCUCCGACAUUCUCACCUGCCAGUGGGACCUGUCCUGGAGCGCCGCGCCGCCCGCCUGCCAAAAGAUCAUGACUUGUGCCGACCCCGGUGAGAUCACCAACGGGCACCGGACCACCUCCGACGCCGGCUUCCCAGUGGGCUCCCACGUCCAGUACCGCUGCCUGCCAGGGUACAGCCUGGAGGGGGCGGCAGUGCUCACUUGCUACAGCCGGGACACGGGCACACCCAAGUGGAGCGACCGGGUCCCCAAGUGUGCCUUGAAGUAUGAGCCGUGCCUGAACCCAGGGGUGCCGGAGAACGGCUAUCAGACGCUGUACAAGCAUCACUACCAGGCCGGAGAGUCUCUGCGCUUCUUCUGCUACGAGGGCUUUGAGCUCAUCGGCGAGGUCACCAUCACCUGUGUGCCCGGCCACCCCUCCCAGUGGACCAGCCAGCCCCCGCUCUGCAAAGUGGCCUAUGAGGAGCUCCUGGACAACCGAAAACUGGAAGUGACCCAGACCACGGACCCGUCGAGGCAGCUGGAGGGUGGGAACCUCGCCUUGGCCAUCCUGCUGCCCCUAGGCCUGGUCAUUGUCCUCGGCAGUGGCGUUUACAUAUACUACACCAACCCCUCUGUCUCUUCCCUUUCGCAGACUACAGGGAAAAUCCCUCUUCGGCUUCUCGGGCUCCCAUUCCUACAGCCCCAUCACUGUGGAGUCAGACUUCAGCAACCCACUGUAUGAAGCUGGGGAUACACGGGAGUAUGAAGUUUCCAUCUGAAGCCCAGGACGAAGGCUGCAGGACCCAGGACGCCCCUCCCCUUCCCAUUCUGGGCAGGGAGGAGUACAGAACCUUGUCUCUGGCUCCUUUUCUUCCUGCUGUGUAAAUAGUCUCCUGGUCCCACGAGGGGGCUUUGAUGGCCCUGGGGACCCUACCGUAAAUAAACCAGCAUCCUGCCGCCCAAGCCUCCUCUCCUCAGUUGCCCAACAGGGGGCCUGCCCCUCCCCUCCUGCCCUGCUGGCUUUUGGACUCUGGGAGGGGAACUCAGCCCCCCUGCAACUCCUGGGGCCCCUCGGGCCCAGGGUACCCCCCAAGGACUGCCUGAGUACUCUGUUGUUCCUUUUGACCUUGAAGGCUUUUCCCAGAUGCUCUGUCCCCGGGCCUCACCCCUGGGCUCUGGGCGGUCAGAAGAAGAGGGAUGCAGGGCCCUGCCCACCUGGCGCCAUCUCCCAACCCACAGUCUCCCCACCUUCGCUUCUGGAUUUUUGGUUUUGAGCAAUAAACAGAAAACCACCA